CAAACCGGGCAUGAGAGGCUAGUUAACGACUGUUCGCCGCGCUCGUAUCACGCACGCCAAAGGUUCUGUUUUCUGUCGUAAUAUUACGCGAUAUAUUACGCGCGGACGCCGCGGGAGCGACACGACGGCCAGCCGGUAUCUCGAAAGAUGGGAGCUUAUCUGUCAGAGCCGAUUACGAAGAAGGAGUCGAGCGACGAAGCGGGAAAAAAUGUUGCGUACGGCGCGAGCUCGAUGCAGGGCUGGCGAAUAAGUCAGGAGGAUGCGCACAAUUGUUGCAUAGAUUUUGAUGACAAUUGUUCACUGUUUGCCGUAUACGAUGGUCAUGGAGGACACGAGGUGGCGACGUAUUGUGCACGUUAUCUUCCUGACUUUAUUAAAGAGACGGAAGCUUACAAAAAAGGGGAUAUCAGACAAGCUCUAAUAGAUGCUUUCUUGGGUUUUGAUGCUACUCUUACAAAACCUGAGGUGGUCAAAAUUCUUCAUGAACUUGCAGAAGCGUCAACAACGGAGAAGAAAGAAGGUGAUAAUGAAUCUGAUGAAGAAGAGAAUGUUAGUAAUCUGUGUAUGGAGGCAACAAUGCCAUUGGAGCAAGUAAUGGCAAAAUAUAAGUCAGAGAUGUUGAAUACUCAUAUAAAAAGCUUGAAAGGUGAGAAGUGCGGUAAGCGCGCAUUUGCGAGUCCUUUCCUGCGAGGUCGAAGAGAACGAGAGAAAGCGACCUGUUCAUCCCUUGGCGCGGGAUGUUCAUCGACGCCAUCUCCACCAUCGUCAUCCUCGUCGUCUAUGACUGCCUGGAAUACCAACGAAACAGAUGUUAGUAGUUCCAGUCAACCAUGUGGAUCAACUCUGUCUAGUACAGUGGAGCGAAAAGAAUCCGAAUGUCCAGGAAACGAAGCCGAACAAGUGCUGGAUUCGACAACGAGCAACGGUAAUGCUGCUCAUGUGUCACCACCAGUGGGAUCUACUGCGGAUGUAGAACCUGCCAAAUCUAUGGAUAUGCCCGACAGUUCGGAGGACGUGAAAGAGAAAGUUUCGAGUCCUGGCAAGACGCCGCCAUGUGCAGAGUCUAAUGCAAACGAAGUGGAAGUUAAUGGCGCGAAAUUGAAAAGGGUCGGAGAUGCGGACAGCAGUAAGGGCGGAGGGGACAAUGUAUCCAGCAGUUCCUGUACUCCUGUGGAAAAUGGAGAUGCAGGUCAACAAGAACGAAUAACUAGCAGUGGUCGAAGAAGAGUUCAACCUGUGGAUCUUUACCAAAGCUUACUGAAAAAGGACAGUGAUGAUUCCGAAGAAGACGAGGACGAUGAUGAAAAUGAUGAGACGUUCGAUGGUAUCCCUGAAAGUGAUGAGGAUGAUACAGAAGAUAUUGACGAGGACGAAACCGAUGAUGAUGAGGAAAUCGAAGAAGAAGAUAUAGAUGAUUCUGACGAGGAUCGUGAUAUUAUGAUAAACCUAGAAAAGCCUGGUUCGGAUAGUGGAUGCACGGCGGUAGUAGCGAUACUCAAAGGAAACGAGUUGUAUGUAGCCAAUGCUGGAGACUCUCGAUGUGUUUUAUGCAGAGACGGCCAGGCUGUCGAGCUUAGUUUGGAUCAUAAACCUGAGGACGCACCGGAAAUGGAACGUAUAGUAAAAGCAGGUGGAGAGGUGACGGGCGACGGCAGAGUGAACGGCGGUCUCAAUCUUUCGAGAGCGCUUGGCGAUCACGCGUAUAAGCAAAAUAUGGUAUUACCAGCUGAGGAACAAAUGAUUUCCGCUUUGCCGGACGUAAGGCAUAUUACGAUUGAACCGGGAAGAGACGAGUUUAUGGUGCUCGCGUGCGAUGGUAUAUGGAACUUUAUGACCAGUCAAAACGUUGUCCAGUUCGUCCGCACCCGUUUAUCGCAAAAUUACGAGAACAUUUCAAAAAUUUGCGAAGAGCUAUUUGAUCAUUGCCUUGCACCGGAUACUCUUGGUGACGGAACGGGUUGCGAUAAUAUGACUGCUGUAAUAGUUAAGUUUACAUUACCGGCGACCGCAACUGUUAAAAGUAACACCGUUGCCGAGGCAUGCGUUUCAAAGAAGCGAUCGAUCUCACCAACUAUUGAGGAAAAUAACGAGUGUAUUGCGGAAGAGAACACAGUAAACUCUUGUAAACGCGCCAAGACCGAGGCAGCUAUGUAAAUCAAGAGUCACCAUGUGUCAUGAACUGAUCUCCGGAAGCGGACAAAUUAUGUGAGUUAUUGUAAAAUUAUGUAACACUUUGUAUUACUAUGUAAAGUUGAAACGGCGGGUUAUGCAGUAAUAAGCACAUGAAAUAGUGCAAGGUGUGUUAAUGUGUUGAUUGCUGCUGACAGACUGCUCCAUUGGAGCAUGUGGGAAUGAUAUAGUGUCGUUUUUUUAGUGGACACAUAUGAGUCAUUUUUGAUUACGAUAAAAUAAAUCACAUAUAAGUCAUUUUUGAUUACAAUAAAAUAAAUCAUUACACAGAGUAUUUCAGUUUUUCUCUCAAGAUCGUGUUUUGCGCAUAUAUUUAUUUAAUAUACUACUAAUGUUGUCCGAUAGACUCUGAGCUUUCUAAAUAUGAGAAAGCUUAUAUGCGCAAAGAUUUAAAGGUUCUUUUUUUUAUUGUUUACGAAACUUGUAAAAAUUGGAAUUUGAAAGUUGCUUUAAGAUUUAAAAGGUAAAAAAGAAUUGUACGAUGUAAUGCAAUUCCAUAUCUUUUUUAAAAUGUUCGGAUGAUAUGAUGCGCAGUAAACAUUUUGACUGAUCAUAAAUUAUAUUCCAUAUUCUGAGAUCUGAUCUUGCAUUUUAUAGUUGACAAGUAAUUCAACACAUACGGGCUAAUAUUUUUAUUGUGUCGUGUAUAGAAAAUGCUCUAAUAAUAGAAAACAUAAUCUUGAUAGAAUUCACACCAAAAUCUCGUUCAUUUCUUCACACGCAUUUACUGAUAAAAGUAUGAAAGAUAUAAAUAAUAAUAUAUAUUCUUAAUUCGUAAAAAAAUAUGUAAUACAAUUACAUUCUCUCUCUCUGGAUGUCUUAUAAGAUUUGCUACAAAUCUCUUGUAACUCAUUAUUAUAUAAAUUGUAGUUGCUUUUAAUAUAAUUUCAAUCCUUUCAUUUAUUAACUGAAUACAUCUAUUAAUUGUUAUUAUUUCAUAUAAAUGAUGCAAUGAUACUGAUGAAAAUUUGUGGAAAGUAAUUAGGUUCCAUAUAAGUUUUUCUCUUUUUCUUUUCUGACAUAUCUUAAUACAAUUCUUAUUACUAUAUAAUUCUAUAUCCUAUUAUAUAUAAUCCAUUACAUUCUUACUUUCUUUGUGUCCAAUAAGUAUAUAACAUGAAUUAUAAAAGUAUAUAACACAUGUAUUAUAAAGGUAUUAUUUUUCAAAAUAUAUUCAAUACUUUUUAUUUUCAAUGGAGAAAUAAAAACACACACUUUAAAUAAGUUUAUUAUACAUUAAAUUAAUAAAAGAAUUAAAUUUAUUUGUAUCAUUGCAAUAUUUAUUUCAAACUGUAGUUUUCUUUGAUUAUUAUAAUAUCCUAUGUUUAUAAAUUAACAAUAUAUUUGAGUUCAAUAAUCAUCAUUCACAUUUGUGUUUGAUAAUCAGAUACAAAAAUUUUCCAUAUAUCAUCCCAUCUGCUCCAACUGCACUUACAAAGUAUAUUCCUUAAGUUUUUAGGGAUUAGACAUACAUAGUAUAAAUGUAUAUAUUUAUAAAUGUAGACUAUAUAAAACUUCUAUUUGUAAGUCAAUACAUUAUCUCUUUAUUUUUACGAAAUAGAAUUUAUUUUUGAAUCCUUGGGUAUAUAGUGGUUGAAUGGAUGGGUGUACGAAUAGCCUUAAGAUGUUUAAACUUAACUAUUAUAUAAUUAAGGCAAUUGCGUAUAACGCGUUACCAAUUUGUGAUCUUGUAUUAAUGAUAAUGUUAAAGAAAUACAAAAAAGAUGUACUCGCGUUAAACUACGUCAAGUGCUGUGUAUUUUAGAACGAUCUAAAUUCGGAAAUUCGCGUAUGUCAAAAGUGUGUUUUUUGUAAAUUUAUACAGCAUUGUAUAGAUGUAUUGUAGAGCUUUCUGAAAAUGGUAAAGGCGUUUGUAUUAUGCAAAGGAUUGCAAUUGCAGAAGUGGUAAUUUGAUAAACGCAUUAUAGUUGUGUAAAAAAAAAUUAUGAUAAAUUUAAAACAAUUAUCACAAUAUUUGUAGUACUUUGAUAAAUACAAAGUACCUGUAACAUCAUCAUAACUACAAAAUUCUUUCUGAUAAAAGCGAAAUGUUUGUAGUAUUAUAAUAAGUGCAAAAUACUUAUAGUAUUCUGACACAAAAUAGAAGGCAGAACAUAUGUCUGGGAGCAAAUGUAUCUCUUGUAUAGAUAUUGAAAAUAAUGGGGGAUUCGAUAAUUUAUUGAAAAGAAAAUCAAUACAUUAACUUCAAAAAUAAUUAAAUGAGAAUUGUGAAUUUUUGCUCUUAGAUAUAUUUAAAUAUGCCUACAUCACGCUCCUCCAUCCAAUAUUUACCCAACAUGAAUACGAAUAGAUUGAUGAAGCGCAUGUUAAGCACGGACAUAAUGUCUUUGUAAAAUUCCUCAGAAAAUUGCAAUUUUAUUCGAAUUAGAAGCUAAACUAUCUGACAUGCGCAUUUGUCGCAACACUCGUCGCAUGCUUUCAAAUUUUAUCGAAGCUUGCGUUACACGAUUAAUAUACAUUAAUCAUAAAUAGACAAUAUUAUUUAGACAAAUUAAAAACCUAUUGUCGCUCAGUAUCUUUUUUUGUUUUUACGUACUAAGAUUUUCACGUUUUAUAGAGGUUCAUGAUUCGAUCGCAGGAAGGAACAUUUCUGUGUUUUCACUUUGUAGAAAUUCAUAUAAAGUUACAUUAAAAUUCUAAGAGAUGAAUAUAGAAGGUAGAAAUGUUAAAAUAAUAAGUCGGCCCAGUGACAUCUUUGCGAUAUCUGAUAUUUUCCACCAAUAUAUAUUCUUCUGUCGAUGCUCAUGUGUAAUCGCGAUUGUUAGUGUAGACAGUAGUUUUAUCGAAGAAAUAUUAUUUAUAGUUAAAUGCAGAAGCAAUCACGAUACUCUCAUGUAAACACCGUUUGCAAGGUGAUCAGUAGCGUAUCGAUAUUAGACGUGCGGUACUUCUAGUGUCAUCCAGAAAGAACUGAUGUGCCUUUCCAAUUCAGGGGUUGACAACCUCCGCAACAUGUGUAUGUACAUUCGAUUCCGUCUCAAGAAGAAAGGUUUGCACCCUAAAUACUGUCUUUAACUGCAAACUCCAUCAUAUAUACACAUUUAUGUAUAAUAAUACCUUGUUUCAUAAUACAUGUCACACUCGAA